ACCAUCCAAAGCUCUGAUCACACCAGGCACUGACGAGGAUAUGUAACUUUGUGGACAUGUUUUUGUCACUUUUUGGCUUCUCUAUGACCUGACAAGAUACAUGAUACAUGACGUCUCAGGACGACGCAGGGCUAUCAGAUCAGCAAAACCGGGUGGAAAGUUAAUGAUCGUUGGUCACUUCUUCCAGCCUCAAACCAAGUCAAGUGAUCUUUUCUUCUCAGCUGAUUAUUAAUGUAAAAGAGGCAUCAACUGAAUUUUGAAGACCCUUCUGAUAUUACCUAUAUCCACUAUGCCUCCUCCUGGUACCUCCGCCAUUUGGAUCCUGUGCCUACUUGUGGGUGUUUCCAGUCAAUAUUCGCCAACUCCGCUGUCUCUUGAGGAGAUUUCUGAACUGUCACAGACAUUAGACCAGGAGCAGGCUGGCCACAUUGUGCAGCUGGAUACAAACCUACAGAACGAUAGCGGCAACGACUCCAAAGAAAACUAUGGGAGAAUGCCACCGCGCCAACCACCUCCUUGUCUAUCCCGCUUCAAAAUCAAGCACGCCUUUAAAUAUGUCACAACAAUACUGUCCUGCAUUAUCUUUCUGGUGGGGAUCGUAGGAAAUUCCACACUCUUAAGAAUCAUAUACAAGAACAAGUGCAUGAGGAAUGGACCCAACGUCCUCAUCGCCAGCCUGGCACUGGGCGACCUGUUCUACAUCCUUAUCGCUAUUCCCAUCAAUAUUUAUAAGCUGCUGGCAGGGAACUGGCCGUUCGGGGUGUAUGUCUGCAAGCUGUUCCCCUUCAUCCAGAAGGCAUCUGUUGGGGUCACGGUGCUCAGCCUUUGUGCUCUCAGCAUAGACAGAUAUCGUGCGGUGGCCUCCUGGAACAGAAUUCAGGGCAUUGGAAUCCCAGUGUGGAAGGCCAUAGAACUCACCCUGAUCUGGGCAGUAGCCAUCAUGUUGGCAGUCCCAGAAGCCAUUGCCUUUGACUUGGUCAAGUUGGAGUUAAGAGAUCAAACCAUUCAAGUGUGCAUGCUGCCUCUGGAGCAGUCGUCCAGAUUUAUGACGUUCUAUCAAGAAGUGAAGGUCUGGUGGCUUUUCGGUUUCUACUUUUGCUUACCCUUGGCCUGCACUGGAGUCUUCUACACCUUGAUGUCCUGUGAGAUGUUAAGCAUGAAGAAUGGGAUGAGGAUUGCACUUAAUGAUCACAUGAAACAGAGGAGGGAGGUGGCUAAGACAGUGUUCUGUCUGGUGGUGAUCUUUGCGCUGUGUUGGUUGCCUCUUCAUGUUAGCAGCAUACUGAAGAAAACGGUGUAUGACGGAACUGAUCCACAUAGAUGUGAGCUGCUCAGCUUUUUCUUGGUUGUGAAUUAUAUCGGCAUCAAUAUGGCCUCGCUGAAUUCCUGCAUAAACCCAGUGGCACUCUACUUUGUCAGCAGAAAAUUCAAAAACUGUUUCCGGUCUUGCCUUUGCUGUUGGUGCCACAGGCCAAAUCUAGCCAUCACACCUAUGGAUGAGAAAGGUUCUGGAGGCAAGUGGAAAGCCAAUGGCCAUGACCUGGUCCUGGAUCGGAGCAGUUCUCGGCUUUCAAACAAAUACAGCUCUUCCUGAAGACAAAAUAAGAUCACAUCCCCGUAUCUAAUGGACGUAGGUUCCCUUUUCUACCUUAGUGCUCAAAAGGUUCUUCAAGCUCCAGUACUCUGCAUGUGAGGAUCCCAUUUCUCCUGGAUCAUCCCCUCAGACUGCACCCUUACAAAGACUGUAAGAGAACCCAUACUUCAUUGUGGUAACAAGCUGCCAAGCUUUUAUAAAUCAGGCAUAAAUCCCGAGGCUUGGCAUACAAUUGGAACUGUCCACAGCAUAUGGAAACCAUUUUCAAUGCCAAAUUCUACCGUGGCGGGAAUUGUAAACUGAUAAAAAAUAAUGGGCAGAAUAUUGUGACCCAAUCUUGUUUGGUAAGGGGACAAGCUAGCCUACGCAAGUUUCUUUCAAUUUUUAGAGGGGCAAUUUUUGUGCCUACUGCCCCUUUAAAUGAAGUUCGCUGGACUUUUUUAACACUGCCAUUUAUGCGUAUUAUGUAGUAUUGUCUAUAAUCUUUCUAAAUGAAUGUGACUGGGUCACACAAAUCACAUUUAGUCUUUAUGUAUGUGAUCCAUAAAGUUAUUGGUAUUAUUAACGGACUGUGUACACCUUUAGGAGCAUCUUUUACGAUUGCAUUUUACUCAUUUUGGGCUAGAAAUUAUUUCUUCAGUUGGUCUUUGUUAGAAAUGUUCAGGAAUUUCUGAGAUACAGGGGUUAAAAAUCAGUCUGCAAGCUGUCAGUUUGUUUUCUUUGAAACCCAUCAUCAGAGGGGUCACGUGUAGCUCUUAUCUGAGUUUAAUAAGAAUUGAGCUAUACCGAUUUUUUUAUGAGGUCAGGUGAUCAGAGAUAAGAUCUAUACUUGAGCCCUCAGAUGACAGGAUUCAAAUAAAACUGACAGCCUGCAAACAGACAGAUUUUUAACCCUGUACUCAGAAAUGGUUAAAAACCUACUGAAAUAAUUAUUUUAGCCCAACAUUAGUAAAAAUGCAAUCAUAAAAUGCCCCAAACGGUUUCUAUAGCAUUUAAAAGAUUAUUCCUAGUUGAGUUAAUAACCCUUAGAAACUAAUCAGCUUUAAGAUGGUCUCCAACAGUCCCAGGAAAUGAAUGGGAAGGGAGUGGGGCUGUGCCAAUUAACUCCAAAGUAGGCACUUUGUGAGCAUUUCACAGGCUGUGCCAAGGGAGGGGCUUAAAGGGGUUUCCCAUCACAAACAAUGGGAAAAGGUGGUGGAGGGCACACUGCGCAUGCACAGUCACCCUCCAUUGAUUUCUAUGGGGCCGCCGAAAAUAGCCGAGCAAGCGCGAUGUGCUCCUAUUCACUUGUAUGGGGAGAGCGCUUGGCGGUGGCUAGACCCCAGGAAACCUAGGGUCCUCCAGCCACCACUCUCCCCGCUCCUAGCGAUAUGCCCCCAUUGUCUGUAUUGGGAAUACCACUUUAAAUAUCCCAAGUUACAUUGGCAACUUCACAGCAGUUUAAGAAAUGGAAGAUGGACACCCAUUGGUUGCUAUGGGCAACAGGACCUAAAGUAUAUUUUUGAAACUAAAUUACCCCUUAAAUGUCUCCUGACAUGUCUGUCGUAGAAAGUCUUCGCAUUCCCCAUGUAAUAGGAAUUCUGGAGCAUCUUUUUGCAUAAAUCUGCGUUGUUCUGUUCCUCUAUUAUUCUUCCUGAACUUUUAUGAACACAGACAACUGGGUGUUACCUUGUCAAUGGGGCAUACCCCUGCACACACUGGCACUCCGAGCUCUGAAUGGACAGUGUCAAACAGUGUCGGAACAUGGAAGGAUACCCCUCCCGACCGGUAACUAGUAAAACCUGUAACUGUUUAUUCUUACAUUUCUAGAAGGAAUAACAGAGUAACGACAUGGUGAAGCACUCCAAGAAAAGGAGCUAUAGCAUUGUUGUUUCAUGAAGAAUACAAAAAUAGGCAAGUCAGGAGAGCCGACAGGUCUUCUUUAAAGGGGUAUUCCAGUUGUGACCAGUUAUUCCCUAUGACAUUCCCACAUGAUAUGGAAUAACUACCGGGUUGGUGGGGGUCAUCGUACUUUCAGGAACCCCCCCAAAUCAGUGGAGCAGGCACUCCAUUCAUCUCUGUGGGAGCUCAGGAAAUAGCUGAGCGCUGUACUCCGCAGUCUCCGGAACUGCCGUAGGGAUGAAUGGAGCGGCAGUGCGCAAGCCCAUCUUACCGCCACAUUCAUUUCGGGGGGCCUCAAGGAUAAGGAGUCCCCAUUCUUGUGAUGGGUGGGGUCCACAGCAAUAGGACCCCCACCGAUCUCAUAUUUAUCCCCUCUCCUGUAAAUAAGGGAUAACUUGUCACAAUCGGAAUACCCCUUUAAAGAAGCACUUACCGAGUCUCUGUCACCCACAGGCAACAAGUAGCCAAAAAUGACCAACUCUGCUAGUUACACCUACCUUUACCACUACCUAUUAUUUCCCUAGAAUAAUGUAAAAACCUGCAAACCAUAGGAGUCAAUAUAGCAUUAUUAUAAGACUGUUCUUGUAAUGUUCUGCCGGUAUGCGUACGUCUUAAUUUUAUUAUAUUAAAAAAGUUUUUUUUGUAAAAAAACAAAA